CACAGACAAACCCCGCCUGCUACCGUAAUCGCCAAGGAAGACUAGCAAAAAUACCGCCACCGGUCUCAACAUAUACUCCUAUAUAGGCAAUAGCAACGCAGGUCGCAGGCAGAGGGGAGCAACAUAGUACACAACUUCUUCAGGAUCGUCUUCUCCAACUCCGGCGAAGGCGGGUGGUUGAAGGCAGCCCCCCUACUGAACCGAAUCGCGUGUUCUCCGUCAAACAAGGCCUCUCAAGAUGUUCAUCGUAGAAGACAAGGGCAGUGCCAUUGCUCUCAUGUGUGCCGCCCUCCUCUUCUUGGGCACAUGGCCGGCAUUGCUCACCCUCUUGGAGCGCAGGGGCCGGCUGCCACAGCACACGUACCUUGAUUACUCAAUCACGAACCUCCUUGCCGCGGUCCUCAUCGCGCUCACCUUGGGCCAGCUUGGGGACAGCAAGCAAAACAUGCCCAAUUUCUUCAUCCAGCUCAGUCAGGAUAACUGGCCUUCGGUGCUGUUUGCAAUGGCUGGGGGUCUCGUGCUCAGUAUUGGGAACCUUUCUACACAGUAUGCUUGGGCAUAUGUGGGUCUCUCAGUUACCGAGGUUAUCUGCGCAAGCAUGGUUGUUGUUAUAGGCACAACACUGAAUUAUUUCCUGGACAACCGCAUCAACAGGGCUGAUAUUCUUUUCACUGGAGUGGCUUGCUUCCUUGUUGCAGUCAUCCUUGGGACUGCUGUACACUCUUCCAAUGCAGCUGAUAAUGAAGAAAAACUAAGUGAAUCCACAAAUGGCUACAACCUUGGGUCAAAUGGAGGUACGGAGCCAAGCAAACAAGAUGCACUAGAGGUGGACAUAGAGAAUGGAGCAUCUGCGGAAGAGGCCACCAGAGCUGAAGCAGGAACUGCAGAAUACCUAAUUGAGCUCGAAGGCCGGCGUUCGGUUAAGGUGUUUGGAUCGAGCACCCUCAAGGGGCUUGGGCUGGUUUUCUUUGCCGGGGUCUGCCUCUCGCUCUUCUCCCCAGCACUCAACCUCGCCACCAAUGACCAGUGGCACACCCUGAAAGGCGGCGUCCCGCAUCUGGUUGUGUACACUGCCUUCUUCUACUUCUCCAUGUCGUGCUUCGUCAUCGGUGUCGGGCUCAACAUCUUGUUCCUCUACCGCCCGAUGGCCGGCGUGCCGAAGUCGUCCUUCAAGGCCUAUCUGGGUGACUGGGAAGGCAGGCAGUGGGCUCUCCUCGCCGGCUUGCUUUGUGGCUUCGGCAAUGGCUUCCAGUUCAUGGGUGGUCAGGCUGCUGGUUAUGCUGCUGCUGAUGCUGUUGAGGUGUUCGACGAAAUGCUGAGCCUCCUCAGCCGCACCAGGCUCCACGACCCCGCCCGGCGCGUCAUGCGCCUCAUGAUGCGCCGCCGCAUGAGGCGCGGGACUCAGCAGUUCGCGCACCUCAUGCUCUCGUACAGCCGCGCGGGGAAGCUCCGCUCCGCCAUGCGCGUGCUCCAGCUCAUGCAGAAGGACGGGUGCGCGCCUGACAUAUCAAUAUGCAAUGUGGCAGUGAAUGUGCUUGUUUUUGCCGGGCGCAUUGACAAGGCGCUUGAGUUUAGCGACCGGAUGCGACGUGUUGGGGUCGAGCCGGAUGUAGUCACAUACAAUUGCCUUAUCAAGGGGUUAUGUAGCGUGCGGAGGGUUGUUGAGGCGCUAGAGAUGAUCGGUGUAAUGCUGCAAAAUGGGUGCCCACCUGAUAAGAUUACCUAUUAUACAGUGAUGGGCUUCUUGUGCAAGGAGAAGAGGGUGGCAGAGGAGACAAUGGAGGGAGAUGGCAACGUUGUGACGGCGCCGUUGCUGGAGUUCAUCGAUGACCGGUCAGCCGCCUCGGAGGAGCUGCUGCGGCGGGAGCCGGUGCCAUUCGAUGUGCUGUCGCGGCUGGCAUUGUGGGAGGCCGGCAACCUGUGGCGCAUCUCAUGGGCGUCCAUCCUCAUCACGCUCUUCAGCUUCACUCUCAGCCUCGUCACGCAGAUGUUCGUUGGCCACCUUGGUGAGCUCGAGCUCGCCGGGGCCUCCAUCACCAACAUCGGCAUCCAGGGCCUAGCCUACGGCAUCAUGCUCGGCAUGUCGACUGCAGUGCAGACGGUGUGCGGCCAGGCCUACGGUGCGAGGAGGUACAGGGCAAUGGGCGUUGUUUGCCAGAGAGCGCUCCUCCUCCAGUUUGUGACGGCCGUCGCCAUCGCUUUCUUCUACUGGUACUCUGGCCCAUUCCUGCGGCUCAUUGGGCAGGCUGAGGACGUGGCUGUGGCGGGGCAGCUGUAUGCUCGUGGGCUGGUGCUGCAGCUGCUCGCGUUUGCACUCUUCUGCCCGAUGCAGAGGUUCCUGCAGGCUCAGAACAUCGUCAACCCCGUGGCGUACAUGGUGCUUGCUGUGCUCGUCUUCCACAUCCUCAUCUCGUGGCUUGCUGUGUUCGUUCUCAGCUUUGGCCUUCUCGGCGCGGCUCUGACGCUGAGCUUCUCUUGGUGGGUGCUCGUGGCGUUGACGUGGGCGUACAUCAUCUGGAGCCCAGUUUGUAAGGAGACGUGGACUGGGCUGUCCAUGCUCGCUUUCAGAGGCCUCUGGGGAUACGCCAAGCUCGCCUUCGCGUCCGCUGUUAUGCUAGCAUUGGAGGUCUGGUACGUGCAAGGAUUCGUGCUUCUGACUGGUUUCCUCCCCAACUCAGAGAUUGCUCUUGAUUCACUCUCUAUCUGCAUCAACUACUGGAACUGGGACUUCCAAAUCAUGCUUGGUUUAAGCUAUGCGGCCAGUAUCCGCGUCGGCAACGAGCUUGGCGCUGGCCAUCCGAAGGUCGCAAGGUUGUCGGUCCUGGUGGUCGUCACGGCGAGCAUCGCCUUCAGCAUUCUCGCCACGAUCGUCGUCAUGGCCCUCAAGUACCCGCUGAGCACCCUCUACACGAGUAGCACGACGGUGAUUGAGGCCGUCAUUGCACUGAUGCCGUUGCUGGCCAUCAGCAUCUUCUUGAAUGGGAUCCAGCCAAUCCUCUCAGGAGUCGCCGUCGGGAGCGGGUGGCAAGUCAUAGUUGCCUAUGUCAACGUCGGGGCUUACUACAUCAUCGGGCUGCCAAUCGGAUGCGUUUUGGGGUUCAAAACAAGCCUGGGAGCAGCUGGGAUCUGGUGGGGCUUAAUCAUAGGGGUGGCAGUGCAGACGGUGGCGCUGAUCGUCAUCACGGCCAGGACCAACUGGGACAGCGAGGUGGAGAAGGCGAUCCAGCGGCUGCAGCACACCGCUGCAGACGAGGGUGGCAUGGUGGUCGACGGCGACGUCUAAUGACCGGGCCCAUGGAUGUGUCUGGGGCUCUGUUUGGUGGCCAUUGUUUGCUUUGCUAGGAGCACUCCCCAUGAGGAGGGAGGAAGUAGUAGCUGGUGCCGAACUUUAUUAUCAAGAGGCUAUGGUGCCUUUGGGUUUGUGCAAUAAGUUGAAGUGAGAUGAUGGAAAGUUGAAAUGCAUUUCCUUUUUUUUUCGAGGAUGAACUUGCAGUAGUUAAAUGGUAAUUAACCUUGGCUGCUGGACUAGAAA